CACAGGUUAUAAAGAAGUAGCAAGUUUAUUAAAUAAUGAUAAAUGGGGCAGUAAAGAAGAUGGAUUAGAAAUGGUUGCUUAUGUUUUGAUGGAAAAUAAGAUUGAGACAUAUCAAGUUAAUUUUGUUUGGAAAGAACAUGUAUACAGAAAACAUCAUUAUCAUUUGUUAUAUGGUUUAAUAACUUGUUCAUUUAAAAUUGAUGUUCAAGAUUUUAUUUCUGAAUAA